AUGCUGCGACUCGCUUCAGCCGUGGGUCGGUCUGCAGGACGAGGCUUGGUGACUGCAACGAGGCCGAAACAGAUAAAGCGCUUCUAUGAGGAGGUGUCCAUCGAGGAAGUCGGUGGUCUCUUUCGCGUGCUUCUGGACGGCAAGGUAGUCAAGACGCCAAAAGGCACUACCCUGGACUUGCCUGGGGUCGGUGUCGCACACCGCGUGGCUCGAGAAUGGAGGGCACAAGGUGAGAACCUUGAACCCCUGGAGAUGCCCUUCACGACCCUAGGGUGCACAGCGCUGGACAUCACCCAGAAAGACCCAGAGGGUUGCAUUGACCGGAUGAUGCCUUUUCUAGAGAUGGACACCGUAUGCUUCCAAGUCGACGAGGAGUUCCUGGCAGAGCGACAGGAGCAGGAAUGGCGUCCACUGCGGGAAUGGUUCCAACAAGAGUACGCUGUGAAGCUUGGCGUGGCGACGGGACUUGGCUCGCCAGGUCACCCCGAGGAAACCAUGCUUCGGGUAGCUGAGCAGCUCUUGACUCGUGAUGCCUGGGAGUUAUGUGCUUUGGAAAUUGCGACGCAGACCGCCAAGUCGCUCAUCGUCGCCAGCGCGCUGCUGGAUCGCAGCACCUCUGCUGAGGACGCUAUGCGCUGGGCACAGCUGGAAGAGAACUUCCAAAUAGAGCGUUGGGGACUGGUCGAAGGCGACCAUGACGUGACCGAGAGUGAGGUCUUCACCGAGCAGACCGGACAGCAGGCCAUCAAACAUGCACUGAUAGCCCAGAAGCACUGCGAAGCCGAUGCUCUGAGAAGGAGUAUGCCGGGAACGGCAAGACAAGGUUAUGGCAGGCACCUCAUGCGAUUUGUUCUGUCUCUGGCACCAUUUGUACUGCUGGGAGACAUGGCUUUAGUUGCUCCGCUGGCUCGCCUUCCGCCGUCGAGCACCUCCGCCGAGAUAGCACAUGUCCUGAUACGUGAUGGCAUUGUUGUCUUGGAUCAGUGGACCUCGCCGGAGAAAGUGGCAGCAGCCUUGCAGGAGCUCGAGACGGGCCGCAUGUCCGAAGGACGCAACGUGCGUUUCGGAGGCAGUACGCAGCUGCUGAAGUGGCCAUUGGAUGCCGAGAAGGAGCCGGCUUUACAGAGCCUUGCCCAAGAUGCGGUGCUACAGGAAGCCAUUGAGCUGGCCCGAAGGGCGCAUGGAGAGGGCUCGCACCACUCCAUCGCCUGGGAGGUUCGGCUCUUGAUCCUGGCACCCGGCACCCCGGAAGGUGACAUGCACCGCGAUGUCGUGGACACUUCGAAGGUCCCGCUGGAACGACCGCUGCAAUGGGGCCUAAACACCAUAUGGGCCGUGGAUGACUUCACGAUGGACAACGGAGCCACGAGAUUCGUGCCCGGAAGCCAUUCUGGAAAGUAUCCUCAGGGUCACUGGUCGGGUGAACAUCCAGAGGCACAGGAGGCUGGUGCCGCCGCGAUGCCAGCGGGCUCGGUGGUUGUUUAUUAUGCCAGCACUUUACAUGGAAGUGGUGAGAAUCGAUCGCCAAAGCCGCGAACAGGACUCAACUUCAAUUAUGCCUUUGUUGACGAAGCUGGUGGCAGACCGUUUGACUGGGGCUUCUGA